CUUCAAUGAUGAGGGAACCUAUGAGAGAACAACGUUUUCCGCAAUGAAACGGUUAAUGCUUUACAUAGUAUAAAGUUAAAACCUAGAAGAAGCCAUCGUCAGCAUGAGCGAAGUUGUAUUGACCCUGCAAUCGAUCAAUUCGUGUGUAUUGUAACCGGCCCCAUUCUGCGCACCCACGGCCGCCAACCCUCUAGCAUCCUUGUCGGUCGCCGGUGCGGGUUCUCAAAUCGUGAAAUGGCAGCUGUGUGCAGCCAAAAGAUGGCUGUGAGAAAUCAGAUUCCAAAUCCUUUACCUUCCGACAGUUUUGGUUUGCGCUGUGAAAAAUAUUUUUCCGAACUAAAUCGAUGGGAAGUAUGGAGGUCAAUAUUUCUUGGACAAUUUCUCUCAGUUCUCCUGUGCACAAGCGCUGUUAUAAGCCAGUUACUCUAUGCAAAUUAUGGAGUUGCUGCUCCCACUGCCCAGUGCUUCCUCAACUAUGUCUUGCUAUGUUUGGUGUUCACCACAACUUUGGCGUGCCGCCCAGGAGAAGGUGGACUGCUGAGUGUGUUGCGAAAAAGGGGAUUGAAGUAUUUCUUUCUUGCAAUAGCUGAUGUCGAAGCAAACUAUUUAGUUGUACAUGCAUAUCAGUACACUACCUUAAGAAGUGCUCAACUACUAGACUGCUUUGCAAUCCCUGCAGUUCUGGUGCUUAGCAGAACUGUUUUGAAAGUCAGAUAUCAAAUCAUUCAUGUAAUUGGAGUGAAAGUCUGUUUGGUAGGAAUAUUUUGUCUUGUCUGGGCAAUUCCAGAUGAAAAUAAUGAAACAGCAAAAGACAGAUUAAUUGGUGACUUGAUGUGUAUAGGUGGAGCACUGUUGUAUGGAAUCAUAACAAUAGCUGAGGAGUAUGUUGUCAAGACAAUCGAUUGCGUUGAAUUUUUGGCCAUGAUUGGUCUCUUUGGUAGUGUAAUUAAUGGGGUGCAAUUAGCUGCUUUGGAACAUGAACAAGUUGCUAGUAUUGAUUGGUCGGAAUGGCGAGUCAUCGUGCUACUGGCAGCUUUUACUCUUACCUUGUUUACCUACUACACUAUAACACCGACCGUUAUGAAAAUAACAAGUGCAAUGGCCGUCAAUUUAUCUCUUCUCACUGCGGAUUUCUACACGCUUGUCAUCGGCGUUCUUUUGUUUCAGUUUAAAUAUGAUGUAAUGUAUGCGCUAUCCUAUGCGCUGGUGGUUGCUGGAGUAGUGAUUUUCUGCUCACGUUCAGCACCCAUUUAUUCACAAACUUUUGGUCCAAGGUUAACUUUGCCCCGUACCAUUACAACAACAACGACAACGACCAAUAUGAGCUCACACAACUCAAGCCACGACAUGCAAUUCAAUAUGCAAAGCCUCAGUUGUCCACCGCCGCCGCCACCGCCAGUUGUGCGUUCUGGAAUGCCCGCUCACACUUCUAUAUCCUUACCUGUUUACUGCCAUAGUGCUGAGACAACGUAUGGCACCUAUAGAAGGAGACGUCCUGGUACUGCAGUGAAAGACAGCGAAGAAUAUUACCAGGUUACUAGAAACCCAGGACUUCAUGGGAGUCAGGUGGAAGAGUUAACGACAUCGUUCGACGGGCGCGAUUCAACUCCAGUCCCUGUAAAUACGCGUACGGGGUUGGAGUCGACACCGGCCCCGGAACGAAUGCUUUUGGGUGGACGAGAACCAUGUCCACAACCACUUCCACAGCAACCGCUGCGUCCCCUCCCUUCGCUAGAUAGUACUUUUACGCAGACGGUGAAACUGAAACUCCCACCUAGUCCAAAUCUAGGAGGAUCGGGAAUGAUGCAUUCCAACCGAAUGCAACAACUUCCUCACUGUACUCUUCCAAGGUCACGCGGACACAAAGAAGUUACUUUCAAUCCACAGGCUACGUUCCAAGUCUACAGGAGGCCAAGCGCCUGUUACGAUGGAGAUGAACAACUGUAACACUAGUCAACAUAACUGAUGCUGAGGCCACCUUACGCAAUAAAAUGAUCAUUUUCUCUUCCGCCACUGCCAUGACAAUUUGGGAAAAUACGUGUUAACCCUAAAAUCGUUUUUCUAAAAAACAUUUAUAAAUAAAAAAAAACUUAGAGAAAGAGAAAAAGAAAGAAAAAAAAGCCUACUUGUAAGGACCAUUCUGGUUUUUUUACGACCACCUCGGUCUAUUUGUUUGCCCAUUUUCGUAAACCUCCCGGUACUUAUGUCGGUAUCAUAUCCUUGUUCCACCUGUCUAAUCAAUUUCAAAUUUCUUCCCUAUUUGUUGGUGAUUAAUCAACAUUGACUUCCAAAUUCAUUUGUUCUUAGUUUUCACUACUAUAUUUCUGUGAGAUUCACAAAUUCGAAAAGCGCUCGUGGAUGAAUUAUUGCCCUGCUAAUUUGUGCUCGUAUCGUAUUGCAUAUUGAAGAGAGCUUUCGUUUAACCUUAUGAUUUUCUAGUCAAUGUUCUAGUCAGUCUUCACUAAGUUUUUUGCUGCCAUAUACAUUUGUUAUCCAUUUCUGUAA